AUGUCCUCCGACGCUCGGAAUCGUAUCGCCAAGAAGUCCAAUGAACUGGCUCAGCGCGCCAUAGACGUGUACAAAGAUUUUCUGCAGUCCUUCAACAAACCGUUGGACAAUUCUGAGCCCGAAUUCUACGAAGAUUCCUACUUGCGCUCUGUGCUGGUGAGUCCUUCUUCAAUGUGA